UCCUAAUUCGGAAAAUAUAGUGAACGAGAUAGGAAAGCAAGGGAGAUAAUUACUGUUUUAGACUUGUUGACUUUCCAAUGACGACACAUUCGGCAAGAUGGCAACGGACCAAGUACAAGGUGUCGAAGUAAAGGUUGUCAACUCUGAUAAGGGCAAAGGAUUAUUUGCAUGCCAAGCAUUCAAGAAAGGGGACCAGAUUUUUGAAGAAGUUCCUUUGGUAUGCUCCCAGUUUUUAUGGAAUGAAUUCUACAAAUAUGAGGCUUGUGAGUUCUGCCUCAAGUCUUUGGAGACUGCUGAAAAUAUGGCCAGGCGCCUUACCUCUAUUUCCACCUUGGAAUUGCCCCAAAAGCAGAAUUGCACAGUAAGACCAGAUCAAUAUAUCUGCUGUCCACAUUGUCAGGUUGUUUACUGCAGCAAGGAAUGCAUGGAGACUGCCUGGAAAAAAUACCAUUGCACACUCUGUAUGGGAUCUUCCAGGGAGGAUGAGUCCCAUCCCUUGGGAAUGUUACAAGUAGCAUGGAGGAACAUUCACUUCCCCCCUGAAUCCUGCAGUAUAAUGCUGUUGGCAAAAAUGAUCUGCAUGGUAAAACAGUCUAAUGACCCUGAAGCAGUAUUGAAAGCAUUUUCUCAGUUUACUAACUCAACUGUGAAUGAAGAAGAACAGAUUAUGCACAAGUUGCUGGGCCCACAGUUCAAAGAGCAGCUAGAAACAUUCAGGUCAAUGGUUAUGUUAAGUUUGUAUGAUGAGCACAUCCCACAGUGGUUCACUUAUGAAGGGUUUCAAUCCUUGUUUGCUCUCAUUGGUCGUAAUGGUCAAGGAAUUGGUACUAGUUCUAUUAGUGUGUGGUGUCAAAAUUGUGAUGCUAUGGACCUUCAUCCAGAUGAACGGAUUAGUAUCGACAGUUUCAUAGACCAGCUUUAUGUUGACUUGGAAAGAGAAUCCGGAACAUUCUUGAACUGUGAAGGAUCUGGUCUUUACUCAAUGCAAAGUUGUUGUAAUCACAGCUGUGUGCCUAAUGCAGAAGUUCAGUUCCCUCACAAUUGCCAUAAAUUAAGAGUGGUGGCUUUAGAAGAUAUUGUACCAGGAGAGGAGAUCUGUAUCAGUUAUUUGGAUGGAUGCAUGUUGGAAAGAAGUCGUCAUAGCAGACAGAAGCAUUUAAGGGAUAAUUACCUCUUUAAUUGCAAAUGUAUAAAAUGCCAGUCUCAAUGUGAUGAACCAGAUAUUACUUCGAGUGAAGAAGAUGAGGAGGAGGAAGACAUGGAAGCUGAAGUCACGUAAAUCUCAUUGUAGGAUACUUUUCUUGCACAUGAACUCUCUUCACACGUAGUUCUGACAUUUUACUGCCCCUUCCCCCAUACUAAUUCUCUUGUAAACAAAUUAGUAAAUAACAGUCCUACUUUAUAUUUCCUAACAUGUUGUCUUUCAUUGAAAAAAAAUUAAUGGAGACACAUGGUUGACCUGUAGGAUAAAUUAGUUUCAGUUACAGUGAGAAUGGUUUGCUUCUUCACUAUCAGUUCUCAGGGUUUUUCAUCAGCCUCAGUUUUAAAAAUUACUUCUACUAGUCAGUCAUAUUGAGCUGCUCAGACUGAAAAUAAGUAAAAAUAUCUUAUUCAGUUUAUAAAUAUUUAAUUCCUUCUCUUCAUCUGAAAUGUUUCUCUAACUUUUAUAUUGAUAUAUAUGAUAAUUGUUCUUAUUGUUUAACCCUAAUCUAGCAGACCUAUGAUCAAAGGCAUUCCAGCCAUGACCAUCCUGUCUUUUUAGAUGCUAAUCUAAGAUUACAUUAUCUAUGUUCUUCCAGUUUUUGUUAGAUGGUAGGCUGUGAUAUAAGAAAUUUGGGUUGCUAAUUUUAGCAGAUUGAGUGACGUGUAGAGACUCUCUCACUGGCUCACUUUACCUGAUGUUUAAAGACGGUUGAGAUAAAUAGGGUUAAAUACAUUUCAGUGUUUUUAAAACUCAUUUGGUUCAAAUGUUUACCCAUCCCAUUGUGGUAAAUAAAUACUGGUAAUACACGGGUGUCAAUUCAGUUACACAUUUCCUCUCUUUGAACAAUCAGCCUUGUGCCUCAGUUAGAAUUCAAUUUAAGUAGCACACAAGGUAAGCCCGUAGCAAGCCCAAGUCUGUGACUUGCUUUUGAAACUCCAUUUCUAUGAGGUGAAAUGGCCUCUGCCUUCCUUUCAAAUAUGAAGCUUCUGUGUCUAGGGGAAAAAAAAUCCAAGUCAUUUAAGAAUUACAAUUGUAACAAGUGCCGUAGAGUGAAGUUCAGGCAACCCAAGUCUAAAAUCAUUUCAUUCAUGUCUCAUGCACUUAUAAAAAGCAUGGACAUCAAAAUAUAUUUUUCCAAUCUACUGCAAAAUUGAAGCCUUGUGCCUAUGUAAGAGACCAAAAUUAAAUUGGUAAGUUUAUUUUAUGAACAUCCCCUACUUUGCUAUGAUGAACAAAAUAUUUCAUUAUUUCAAGUACAUAUUCUACAUAUGUUUAUUUCAAAAUAU